UUGGAGAUAUUCACCAUGAAGCUUGUAAGAUUCUUGAUGAAACUCAAUAAUGAGACUGUGACCGUCGAGCUCAAGAAUGGCUCAGUAGUACAUGGAACAAUCACCGGUGUCGAUAUGCAGAUGAAUACCUACCUUAAAACUGUCAAGAUGACAGCCCGUAAUAGGGACCCAACAUCCCUCGACUCCCUAUCAAUUCGUGGCAACAACAUCCGCUAUUUUGUGCUCCCUGAUGCCCUUCCUCUAGAUACCCUCUUGGUGGACGACGCACCGAAGCCGAAAGGCAGGAAGAAGGAUGAUGCGCGCGAAAGGGGAAGGGGACGAGGGAUGGACCAUGGACGUGGUCGGGGAAGAGGAAGGGGACGAGGAAGGGGUUUCUGAUGGUAUGGUCAGAAAAUCGUGAUUAUUUCACUGUCAGUUGCGUUUGCUCUUUGUUAUUACCUGAAAUAGUAUGCCGAGCUUGUCUCGCUAUUCAAGGACAGUGCUACUUUCAGUCAGCCAUCCCAAACUCAAAUGAUCCACGCUUAUCUGGUCUCUGAGUACUGAUCUUAU